AGAACCGUUUCGUAUUAAGUGACACGUUAUCGUCCUUCACCUUUACAGAAAAUACUGAUGCAAUUCCGUAUCAGCUGUUGCGAUUAUCAAUAAAUACCAUAUUUUGACUUGAUUUCAUUGGGUUUCAAACAACAUAAUAACUAAACACAAUGGCAGACGAAGAAAUGGUGCCAUUUGAUCCCUUAAUGAAGAAAAAAAAGAAGAAAAAGAAGACCGGCUUUGACCCGGAUGCAGCAGAAGCAGGUGACACACCCACAGAAAUGCCAGCAGAGGAACCAGUGAAGGAGGAGGCACAGGAACCGGAACCAGCACAGGAAAAGGCCUUUGAUGAUGAACUCUCUUUGGAAUUUGGUGGUCAGAAGAAGAAAAAAAAGAAAAAGAAAGUAGAAAUUGAUAUGGCAGACGUCAAAGAGGCAUUACCGGAUAACGAAGAUUCCACAGAAUUUGUUGUGGAUGGUGGAUCAGCCCCCGACGCAGACAGCAUAGAUCUCUCAUUUGGAACGAAGAAGAAAAAGAAGUCUAAGGUGGUUGACCUCGAAGAGAUCCCAGAUGCCGUUGACGAUGCAUAUGAUGCAGUUGACAGUGCAAAGAAGCCAGGCAUGAAGGGGAAAGCUUGGGUCGGAUCUGAUCGGGAUUAUUCAUAUGAUGAGUUGCUCACACGGGUUUUUGACAUUAUUCGAGAGAAAAAUCCAGAAAUGGCCACUGGUGAAAAGAAGAAGAUUGUGAUGAGACCCCCACAAGUGCUCCGGGCUGGUGCUAAAAGAACGUCCUUUGCAAAUUUUGCAGAAAUUAGUCGAAUGUUACAUAGACAGUCAAAACAUGUGUUAGCAUUUUUAUUGGCAGAAUUGGGAACAAGUGGUUCCGUUGACGGCAAUAAUCAGCUGAUCAUCAGAGGCAGAUUCAACCAGAAACAGAUAGAAAAUGUCUUACGUCGAUAUAUCAAGGAAUACGUCACCUGCCAUACGUGCAAAUCACCUGAUACUCUUCUGCAAAAGGAAGAGAGAUUGUUUUUCCUCCAAUGUGAAACCUGUGGGUCACGGUGUUCUGUAGCUAGUAUCAAAUCAGGUUUCCAGGCCGUCACUGGCAGACGUGCCGCCAUGCGAGCGAACGCCCCACAGUGAUGUGUUUCAAACAGUGAUGUGUUUCAAACAUUGUUUUCAAUUCAUUUUUUCUGUUGUUGUUUUUUUCGUGGAGAUUUUGUGAUGUUCAAUAUUUAAACUUUCAUUCAUCUCUCUGCGAGAUGCAGAUACUUAUAUGUAAUUAAAUAAUUUAGGAUCAAUAAAUACGAGAUUGACAGUU